AUGUCAAACAACAGCAUAAAAAUUCCUGCUUUACCAUACAUGCUGUCUGGCCAAGGCCACUUCACUGUUUGGAGGGACCUCGCUUGUCGCAUGUUAAAAGUUUACGAUUUGUGGAAUCUAGUCAAUGGUAUGAGUAAGCGUCCUGCAUUCACCACUACGGUUACAGCGGCACCACCUGCAGAACAACCAGCAGAAGGUGCAGCAGCAGCAACACCAGCAGAAGAGGACGAAGAAGAAACCACAGACAACGCCGAAGAAAUUAGUGAAUGGGAUAAGAAAGAUAACCUCGCGGUCGUCUUCCUUCAAUCCAACAUCGAAUUUGAAGUCAUCCUCACACUCACUCCGGCCGAUACCGCUCACCACCUCUGGACUCAACUCGAGGACAGAUUUGAUCGGAAAACUGUAUCUUCCCUCCACUCGCUUCAUGCCAACGUUGUAACCCUACAGUAUACGCCUGACAAAGGCAUCAAGGAACAUCUAACCCAGUUCAAUACUCUUUGGUCAUCCCUCCUCACUAGAACUAGUAACUCUACGGACAAAACUAAAGACCCACUCGGUUACCACCUCCACCAACUCGCAUCAGUCUCAGAAGUGAAAGCAUCCUUCCUACUUCUCUCACUCCGGCACGAAUCCCUCAAAUCAGUCGUUGACAACCUGCAAACUAAGCCCAAUAUCACCUUCGAUGACGUCUAUGAAAAGCAGUUGGAUCUGGACUCACGGCGCAACAACGAUGGACAAGCGACUGGAGAAGCCUACAACAUCAGGCGAGGAAACCCAGGACACGGAAACAACAAAAACGGCGAAUUUGCAAAAGGCCACAUGCACAAAGACUGCCAGAAACUCAAAGCUUUCAGAGACAAAGAGAAGUCCGCUGCAUCUGGCAAUCUCAACGUCGCGUCCGGUACUGCAUUUCACACAAAACUAGAUCUUUCUUGGAUUCCUGACCUCUCUGACCUCCCCGUACUCGAAGAAGCUGAUGUAUUUACUAUGCCGGUUUCCUUCGACUUUACCACUUUCUCAGAUACCUCGGAUGUAACAAUGGAAGACUACUUUAGCUUCGUUGAAGGACCUUCCACAUCUGACAACAAGGCAUGGAUCUUUGACCCUGGUGCAACUAAUCACAUGACCGCAACUCAGGUUACCAACCCCUCACCUCACAGUGGAACAGUCACUGUUGGCGGCGGGCGAAAGCUACAGAUAACCGGAAUUAGAAAUGUUACCAUCAACAGAUUACAUGACCCUAUCACUCUGCAGAAUGUAUUCUUAAUCCCAGAACUCGGCAACACCAACCUAAUGUCUUGGUCAUGUAUUGCCAAAAAAGGAUUCACAAUGACAGGGACUGAAAACGGCUUUACCAUUUACAAACCAAACAGCAAGGAAAUCAUUGGGAUCGCUAACGCAAAUAGUACUGGUCUUUAUAUCUUUGAAACCAAGGAAUUUUGCGCACAUAUCUCCAUCGCUACCAGCUUCUAUGACUGGCACCAACGACUCGAACAUCUCCCCGCUUCCUCACUCUCACGGUUACGUAACAUGGUCGCCGACCCAAAGUCUCUCCCCACAACAGGUUACAUGGAAACAUGCAACACAUGCGAACUCGCUAAAUCCACCAAAUCACACCUCGCUCCCCUUACCGAACCACGAUCCAAAGAACCACUAGAACUAAUCCACUCAGAUCUGAGCGGCAAGUUUUCCGCUCCUUCUCUUGGCGGUUUUAGUUACUAUAUUACUUUCAUCGACGAUUACUCCAGGUACACUCACCUCUACUUCCUUAAAAAGAAGUCAGAUGCAGCAGCUGUCACACAACGGUACAUCGCAUACAUGGAAAAUCAAUUGGACAAAACGGUUAAACGGUUCCGAAGCGACAAUGGUGGCGAGUACAUCUCCAAUGACCUUCAACAAUUCUUUGCCUCUAAAGGCAUAAAGCAUGAAUUCACUGUACCCUACUCUCAUGAGUCAAACGGAAUAGCAGAACGCUUUAACAGAACAAUAGCAACAAUGGCACAAUCUACCUUGCUCGACCACGAUCUUCCAUGGAAUCUAUGGGCAGAAGCAAUCAAUACAAUGGUACACGUCAAGAAUCGCCUCCCGCAUAAAGCACUCCCGAACAUGACACCAUAUGAAGCACUCACCGGCAAGAAACCCUUCAUUGGGUAUCUCCGAUCCUUCGGUGAAACAAUGUUCAUUCACAUACCUGUCGAAGCACGACCAGCUGGAACAAAGUUGGAUGCUAGGGCAAUUACAGGACAAUUCUGUGGCUAUGGAGACUCUGAUAAAAUCUGCCGUGUUUAUAUACCAUCACAAAGGAAAGUAGUUCUCUCUCCUCAUUUUAGGUUUAAAGGUCCGUCGAUAGGGGAAGAAAUCGAAACAAUGAGAACCGACACACCCCCUAAACCAAAACAAAUCGAGAUCAAACAAGAACCUCUCUCACGUCCACCAACACCACCUGCAAAACUCUCAGGUUCCGAUAUCGAAGACUUGUUCAACCAACAAAUGCUUCGAGAAACCAUGGAACAAAUUUCCAACGAUGAAUCAGAAGAAGAAGAAGAAGAAGAAGCCGCUCGUGAAUGUACCCCGCAUAAUGAUGUUGACACAAAUACUGAUCAACCGAGACGUAACCCACCACGAGAACGGAAACCUCCGGUCAGAUACGGAUACAAUAUUCAGCAUGAUACCACCAUUGCAGAACCAACAAACUAUCACCACGCGAUCAAUAGUCCUGACUCCGAAAAAUGGCAAAAGGCUAUGGAAGUUGAACUCGACUCACUCGCUAGGAAUAAUACAUGGAAUCUGGUUGACACACCAGAUCACCGAAAAUUGGUAGACUGCAAAUGGGCGAUAGACUGUGGUGCCAAGGAAUACAACCUAGGUAGUGACGUGGACGUGGACGUAGACGUAAAGGUAUACUUUGACUAUGGACUAUGGGCCGAAACGUAUAACUGCCGUUACAAACUCGGGCCCGAUGGCAACCCCAUUCGGUACAAAGCCCGACUUGUCGCAAAAGGUUUCUCACAGGUACCUGGUCAAGACUUUAAUCAGACUUAUGCCCCCGUCACCCGAUAUGAAUCCAUCAGACUACUCCUUGCUCGCUGCCUUCAAACCGGUGGCCAAUGCGACCAGAUGGACGUUACCAGCGCUUUCCUAUACGGCGAACUCCAGGAAGAAAUCUACAUGAAAUCUCCACCUGGCUACCCUACUCCUGGCAAAGCAUGCAGGCUUAUCAAAUGCAUCUACGGCCUUAAACAAUCGUCUCGGGAAUGGUAUGCUCGUCUCUCCAAAACGCUAAUCAAAAUGAGAUUCAGAAAAGCGGACUUCGACCCUUGUGCUUUUAUUCACAAAACAGGGGAAGUUGUCAUCGCUAUCUACGUGGAUGAUAUUCUCAUCUUCUAUUGGUCCGUUGAACGCAAAAACCGCGUCAGCCUCCAACUCCACGCAGAAUUCGAAAUGACGGAAACUGGUACAGCCAACUGGGCACUCGGUUUCCACUUGAUCUACACUAAGACUGGCGUGAUCCUAUCACAGGAAGCCUAUCUCAAGCGUGUACUCAUCAAAUACGGUUUCGAUGAAUCUAGACCCAUGGCAACACCUAUCGACAACAAUGUUCACCUACAAAAGGGAACAGAAGCGGAGAAAAUCGACGAUCUAACUAUCUAUCAGUCGAUAAUCGGUUCAUUAAUGUAUGCAGUAAUCGGUACCAGACCGGACCUCGCCUACACCGUCACCAUGCUCUCGCAAUUUUCCUCCUGCCAUACUAAAGCUCACCUGGCUGCAGUCAAUCGCGUCCUUCGUUACCUCAAGGGUACCAUCGAUUGGUCACUCUUCUACGCAAAAACGCCACUCACUGCACUCAUCGGCUUCAGUGACGCAAGCUAUGCCUCUGACAUCGACGAUCGCCGCUCAUUCACUGGCCACUGCUUUAUGCUAGAGGAAGCUCUCAUCUCCUGGCGCUCUUAUAAGCAGCGCUCCAUCGCCACCUCUACUACUGAGGCAGAAUACAUGGCUCUCUCGGAUACUAGUCGACAACUGAUCUGGUUAAGAAAUGCGAUACAUGAGUUGGAACGGAAACCGAAACUUUCUUUUAUUAUUCGUGGCGAUAAUAAUGGUUCUUUAUCCUUGGUUAAGAAUCCUGUCUUUCAUAAAAGGUCUAAACUUAUUGAUGUGCAUUUUCAUUUUGUUCGGGAACGAUACGAGGAUAAAUUGUUUGAGUUGGAAUAUAUCUCUACAAACGAAAACGUGGCAGAUUUACUUACAAAAGGAUUGGAUAAGGGCAAGCAUAAACUUUGCGGUCUACCCACACAUGUCACCUCCGACCGCGGCACGCAAUUUACAGCCAAAUUCUGGAAAGCUCUCUGUAAAUACCUCAGCAUUGAAGCAAGAAUGUCAACCGCUUUCCAACCGGAGACUGACGGUCAAACUGAAAGACUGAAAGCCGUAAUGGAACAAUACCUACAUGGAUACGUCUCAUACCAACAGGAUGAUUGGGUUUCCACAUCCACUAAAGCUACACCAUUCUUCGCGAACUAUGGCUUCCACCCUCGGUUUACAGUAACGAUUAAACCACUUGACAGGACCCAACUGAGCCUCAAUGCUAGAGACUUCGCUUCAAUGAAAGAGCUCUAUGACCACCUACGUUCCAACACCCGCACAGCGCAAGACCAACAAGAACAAGCCCGCUACGAUGUCAACAAUAUGGUGUUUGUUUCAGCAAAAAAUAUCCGAACCACUGGUAACUCUCGAAAGUUAGAUUGGAAGAAGCUGGAACCAUUCCCUGUCAAAGAAAUUAUAUCACCAUAUGCGUACCAAAUCGACCUGCCCAGGAGCAUGAAAAUGCAUCCAGUCUCCCAUGUAUCGCUGCUAGACUCCGCUGCGAAUGAUCCCAUUCCUAGGCAAAUCCAACCACCACUCUCAUCUAUCAUCGUUGAACAGGAAGAGGAGAGAGCUCGCAAAAACCUACUAGACCAUCGGCAGUUUAGGGAAACGCUUUACCAACAACUCCUCGAAGCUAGUUCUUCCCCAGCAGCGGGUUCUUCCUCAGCAGCGGGUUCUUCCUCAGCAGCGGGUGUUGCUCAAAGCCUAUCCAGGCGCAAAGUCAAAGAGUUACCUAAGAUCAGAUUAGAACCCGGAGAUCAUCAAAAGAUCAAGCUACCUACUGAUAUAGGAAAGCGAGCCUACUGUGUUUACUGUCUAUGGGUUCGUCAAAAGGCAAAGGAGUCCGGGAAUCUGAGAGAAUUUGGUACUCCUAUUAGCGGGAACAAAGGAAAGCGGGCUGCGAACGGAUUUGACAUCCGCCGAGCCCUUCUGGGUAUUUCGGUCCCCAAGGAAAAUGGUCAGCCUGCCAGACGAAGGGAUAAGGGUACCCCCUAUAAGAAUAAUCGCCCUAUAAGGAGUGCGGUGUAG